GCCUUUUCUACUGAAUGUCGAAAAGAUGACUUGCUCCAAAGAAAGUAAUCAGAUAUCUUUUGACUUUUGGAUCGGCUUAGGUUGGAAGUCUAACUCAGACAGAUAAAACAAUAAAUAUACAACUAAUACACUUACUAUUAUAAUGAUGAAAAAGUAUACAUAUGUAUACAAUAAAGAAUAAUUUUAUUUACUCGCAAAGUGUAUAUACUUCUGCAAAUGGACUUUUUACCUCAUUUGGUUUGAGCAAUAAAUUAAUUUAUCUGUAGCUUGAAGGUUUUGCUUUAUCUUUACUUGGUUUCGAUGUUAUGUUAUUAUCACCGGUUUUCAUUUCGUUGGAAAAUAUUCCAGUUUGAAAUAUACCAUUUGAGAUAUAUGUGAGUCAAAGUGUUCGAAUGUAACAUGAGCUUUUUGCAAGGGAUAAUGUGAUUUAUCCAUUCGUUGAUGUUUUCAGCGGUAGUGUUUUCAAAGAAGCUUUUUACCAUUGCAUUGAUCACUUUUUAUUGUACGUAGUUGUCCGAAGUGAUUUGCUAGUAUUUCUACUUUAUCUUUAUUUGUGAAGGUUGUUUGUGGAGAGUACAGGCAUGGGUUGAAACGGUUUUUCGAGAGAUUAAAUUGUUUUCCAGGACGAUGAGUCCUUGGAAUUGUGAUGAUAUUCAUUUGUUUAAGAUGUCUGAGGCAUAUGCGUUGCUACCUCCGUCUAAUUCUAUUUCUGAAUUUGAUUAGAUUGACAAUGUAUUAUAAAAAAAUAAUUGUUCCCAUUUUAUGGAAGCAUUACCGGCCUCCUUAUGGUUGCUGGAUUGAAAAAACUAACCCAAAUAUAUUAAUGAUAUUCACUUUUGUGCACGGAGUUUUUAAGGUCGCUCGAACCCUUGUUUAUAAACAGAAGAUAAGCGACCGGUGGCCGUAACCAAUAUAAUGCUUACGCUACCGCAGACGCGUGCCUAAGUAGAAUUCACUAUUAUGGUACCAGCAAUUUUUCAGGAAUAUCUUGGAAACUAUGUGAUCUUCUUACAUAUAUAGAAAAAUGUUGUUCAAAGUUUUGAGUUUUACAACAUAUCCAAAAAUACAUCGAAAUCGGAGGAUAGUUAGCUUUUCUACAGUUUCGCCCUCACUUUUUAUGAUAGAACAAUGCCGGAGGAAAGCAUUAUUCGAUAUUUUUCUUAUCACGCCAUAAUAAUGAAAAAAAAUAUUUAAUUGACUUAAUUUAUGGCGAAGUUACAAAAAACUUUAUAAAAAUUUCACGCAGGAAGAUAUUUUAAGAAAAAUCAUUCUUCUCAAAAAAGUUUCGACCAUAUUUUUUAAUUAUUUUGUAAAACAGGCAGUAUUAAACCAUUUAAAAGAGAAUGACUGAAGCCUACUACUGGAGAAGAUACAGAAACUAUUACCUGUAACAAUAUCAUCACAAUGAAUAGACAAGAAAUACCCGAAAAACAGAUACAGAUUUUGAUGGUGCUAUUGAUCAAACAUAUUACUAUAUGUGCUUUUUAAGUGGAGAGCUACUUUAUAUAAAUUACAUACACCUUUGUUAUUAAAGUAUCGCAUGCAGAAACAUUAGUUAAAAAUGUUAAGAAGAAGAAAAAAUAAAAGUAGUAAAUUUGCUCGAAUGAACGAAGAGGAACGUGUACGUUAUAUGCAACAUAGACUUGAAUUUGAGUUAGAAGCCAAAAGACGUAAACAACAAUUAAUCGCUAUUUUUACUAAGAAUAAAUUAAAACGCGAAGAGGUAUUUUCAAAAUUAAAUAUUGCCAAAAUUAAUGAAAAGUGGAGGUAUGUUUUGCGUCAAAUAAAAUGUAAGGAACUUCAUAAAAAUGUAAAACAUCUCCAUACAACUUUUGAUAGAGCAAUAAGAACUAAAGAUGCAACAAUUUCUUAUUUAUAUAAUGAAUUAAAAAUAGCAGAUGCAGAUCACAGAAAACUUCAAGAAACACAUAUUUUAUUAAUCAAUAAUAUAAUUGGAAAAUACAAACAAAAAUUGACAGAGUUACAUGAUACAUGUACAUUCAAUAAUUCUAAAACAAAUAAUAUGGUAGAGUUAACUGAAUUGAGAAAUCACAUGGAACAGUGCUAUAAGGAAAUUUCUAAUAAUAUAAGCAGAAAAAGUACAAUUUUUAAUCAUACACAAACUAUAAGAAAAACAUACAAUGCCGUUAAUAUUUUUAAUAUUUUGUACUUGGAAGAAGAUAUGACAUCAAAUCUUCUGCAUCAGUCUUUUUCAAACAUAGAAAAAUUCUGGGAACAGUUAUAUAAAAUAAUAAAUGAAUAUCAAAGAAUAGUUGAAAACAAAAGAACACAGUAUGAGUAUUUAAAAGAACAAGAUAACAUUCAUCGAAUGUGUAUAUUGCGGUAUCCGAAAGUAUGCUUACAGUUACAAAGUAUUAUUGAAAGUUUAAAAGGCAAUGUACACAUAUUAUCACAAAAAAGAAAUGAAAAAAUUGCAAAACUCCAAAUAACUGAUAUAAAAAUAAAGGAAAAAUACAAAAAUAUUAAAUAUGAAUUAACUAUAACUCAAAUGAUAAAUUCUGUACAGUUAAAAAAAUUGGCUAUUAAAAGCAAUGAAGUAUUAAAACAUUUACAAAGACUUAUGGAAAAAGGUUGCACAAUUCUUGAAAUAAUUAAAAUAUGCGCUAAUUUGGAACCUUUAUUUUUUAACUUGAAGAAAUAUUUUAUACAAAAUACAGUAUAUAAUGAAUGUGCUGAUACUAAUAUUCCUGAAUCAUGUGCUAAAAUCAGUAACUUUUGGGAAUAUUAUAAUUAUACAAAAGUAAAUAAUAUUAUGUUGAGGAAAGAAAGUAACAAGCUUUGCAGAGAGAAUAAAAAAUUAAAACAUAAAUUGCAAGCAUACUUCUUGGUGGAUUCUGGCUUAAUAUAUCCAAUUACUCUAUCUUUGACUUGAAAUCUUUUGUUUAGUUAUCCUUUAUAAUCAUAAAUAAAAAAAUAAAUAAUACAGUAGUAAAUACUUAAAUUUCAAUGAAUCAGGUGUUCACAUUGUAAUUUUUGUAUAACAGGCAUCAAUUUUACUCCAGGAAUAGCCAUGAACUUUUGACCCCUUUGAUAAGGAAAAAAGAAAUCUAACAAGACGUGAAAUACUACCUAAUAUCUAAUAUUUUAUUUAUAAUACAUAGAUUUGCUUAUGCUGCGCUCUCGAGACAUAGAGCAGUGGAAAGUAGAAGAAUUUAAGCGGAAUGAUUCUAUUGGCAUUUAAGUACCUAUUACUGUAUAGACAAUAAAAAUUGUAUUUUGCAAAAAUUUAUUCGUAUAUAUCAUGUUGUACUGUAUUAGAUUAACGAUGAAUAAAAAUUCCACCACCUA